GAGGAGACAUGGAGGAGAGCCUAUGUUUGGUUUCUGUGUUUUGGAAAGCGCUGUCUCUUUCCCUGGUACGAUCCUACAGGAACGAACGGCUCCCUGAUCGUUCUGCAUGUGUCAGCCUAAACGCGACUCAUCUCCAGUGUUUCAGCCAACGUCGCUCCGGUGCCGAAGGAGCAGUGCCUCAGUAAACCUCAGCUGUCCGAGUUCGUCUUUUCCGCUAUCACCAUUUCGAACUUUCAGCAGCAGGAUUGACCAGAUUAGGCAGGAGGAGAGCAUGGAUGUGAUGAAUCGGGAGGCAGCACACGAAAGAGGGAUCCACACAGCCAUGCAAAUGAGCUGCUCACGGGAAGAUGGUUUUACAUUGUGUGAUCAGAUGGUGACUGCUGAGUCGGAGGACCAGAUUUUGACUUUGCGGAGAGAGGAUAUUUUUCCCCUCUCUCCUUCUCCUUCUCCAACACGGAUUGGCAAGCAGUAUUUCUCAUCUUCACAGCUGAUUCUGAUACCCAAAGGUGGCAUCACCCCAAAUUCCUCUCCAAGUCCCACUCGACGUAUUGCAAGCAGGAGAAGUGUCAGCCCGAGUGUUGCUAUACGACCCAGUGCCUUGGGGCCAUUGAAGAGGAAAGGCGACAUGGAAGUGGAUUCUCCUCCAAAGAAAUUGUUUGUCAGUGGCGUUCCCGGGAUCGGGAAUACUGAGACCCCUGUGCUAACACCGUUGCUUUCACACAGCCUGGAAUGUGUGAAUAGCAGCCCUCCACAGACUGUGCCUCCAUCAGGGCCUUAUGUUGCAACUUCACCAUCCGCUGCCGAGAUUGGUUUCACUUCGCCAUUUGCCUCUGUGGCUCACCCACCUGGAAUGUGAACAAAAGAGACAAUCACCUUUAUUCUAAGAGAUGGGCUACAUAAAGCACUUUGUGAGAGGACACUGUAUAAUAGCAUUCCUAAUCAGUAUUUUAUAGUGAUUGUAUAGUUAAUUAGUGAAAGAUACCAUUCAAGGACGGUCAAUGAGUAAGGGAACAGAAUUCGCUCCUGCCUGCCACUUGGCCCGGAACUGCACAAUUCAUGGUUGGAGCUAACCUGACUCUUCGCUAUUUGGGUUCAGACCUAGUGCCUGCCCGCUGUACAUACCACUGUAUGAAUCGCUGUAGAAAAAUUAAGUUGUUGUGAGGUUAUAAGAGAGUUGAUGAAGCUAUUCUUGCUCUGCGCAUGUGAGUGUGUGUGUGUGUGUGUGUGUGUGUGUGUGUGUGUGUGUGUGUGUGUAUAUAUACACCAAUACGGCUGGAGCCUGUGAUAAGACAAAGUUGAUCACAGUCAACCAUUUUAAGUAUGACUUGACAGAACGGGACAAGGUUCUGCAUACAUAAUGACCAGAUAUAAUGAAAAGAGCUACAGAUGGGGCCAAUCAUUACUGUGACAGCUAGUGAGCUUUACUAGUGGAAGUAGAGAGAGGGGUGUGGAGUCUGCUCCUGCGACUCUUCAAAGUCAGGCAUGUUUCUACAGUGAGCUGGGAACUUCUGGCUACAUUGAUGGUAUAUGCAGAAUAUAAUGACCCACAAAUAGUGACUUCCACCAGCUUCAAAACAGUGAUUGGCUUCAUGGCUUGCUGUUGUUUUAUCUGAUUCUACUUUAUGAAGCUGGUUCCUGGAUUGUUUAAACAAAGAUUUUCACAUCAUUUGGGUUAUCUUGCAUGUUGGACUCUUUGUCCUAGCAGACUACAAGGUCACUGCAGUGCUAACCAUCAUGUAGGCAGACAUUUGCUGUUUAGGAUGCAAAUGUGUUCAUGGCAUAUGUUGCGAUUCUUCUGUAGUUUCCUCCCAAUGCAGUUGAAUUCCCAUAUAAUAUUACAUUCAGCCCACCAUAAUUUCCUUAUUGGAAUAAUAUAUCAAACGGUCUGUUCUGGAACCAACUUCGCUCAUCUCCAACUCAACUGAGAGGAGCCUCGUAGACAUGACUUUCUCUUUCUUUCUGAAUCAGGAUCUCUUGUGGCCUGCAAAGCUUGUGGGAUCCCUUCCUUAAUAGCCGCCAACUCAGCAUAAUGCCUGUCAUGAAACUGCCUACUGUUUGGGCUGAAUAUGGUGUUGCCACUUACAAGCUAGGGAGAUGGUUUAAUAUUUUACAGUAUUAUAAACAUAGGUGUUUGCAUCUGGUGGUUCGGAGCUGGCAUUGGGAACAAUUGAAGGCAAGCUAAAUGGGGAGAGUGAACCACUGCCAGAUUUGUACGUAAGUGCAGCCAUUUUUUCUUACUUUGUAUGUCAUGAUUAUUUAACUGAGGACCAGGAAAUUCCUAGUGCUGUUAUAUUUGGAACAUAGCUGACCAAAAACUGCAGUAGAAGCUCCUGGAAAUGGUCUUAUUUUCAUGUGGAAGGUGCUUGCAGCUGGAAAUUUCAUUCAGUAAGAAAAAGGCGGGCUCCUGUUUAUUGUAGGUUGAAUGUAAUGUAGAGGAAGGUACAAUGCUUAUUGUUUGGUUUGAAAUGAUCAGGAUAUGUGGAAUUUCUUGGUAACUCAUGAGCAAGUUGAUCUGUGUGUUGAGUCGAGACGAAACAGUCACUGCCAUGCAAACCUGAAGAUGAUUGUGUGCAAUGUGUUGGACUCCAGAUAUCUGGAAGACCCAUAGCUUUAUUUGAUUUUACUUUUGCUGCUUUUAGAAUAUUAGCUGCUGCGUGUUGCUUCAGCAACUUGUACUGCACCAGUCCAGUCACUGUUGUUGCUGCUGUGGGUUUCUAAGCUUAGAACCACUGAACUUCUAAAGUCUCCCAGUCUGAGGGCAGGAAUGCAUCUGACAAGCGGUUAAGUUCGACAACUCCCCCCCCCCCCCCCCCCCCCCCCCCCACUCUGUAAUUUUCUUCUGUCACUAGCUAACUGCUUUUAUUAAACCAUUGUAGCUGCUUCUACUUGGACGGAAAGCUAGGAAGUGGAUAGUGCUGGUGAACAUUCAAAGUCUUGGCAUUUUGUUUGAGCUAUCCUUUUGUUGGUUGACUCUCCAGCAGCCAUUCUGCUGGAGACUGUGUGGCUGGUUGGCAGGUCGAACCUGCAGGACUCUAACAUCAAGUAUUGGCUCAUUUCACCCAUUUCAUACCAAAGCCUUUUAAGAGAAAAAAGAUGUGGAGAGGAUGAGUUUUUUUUUAAUAAAGGAAGAUAUUGAGGUGUCUUGAUUGCCUUUGCCUCUGUGUGCUCAGAUUUUAUUCACUUGCUGUUUAACACUGUAUAGCAACACUGUAUAGCACCCAUUCGUUAUCAGAUAGUACUGGGUUAAUCCAGUUAAUGUGGUGUAACUCGAAGGGAUUUAAAAAUAUAUAUAUUAUUUACAAUCACUGGUCUAGAGAACCACUGAGUAGGGAUGACACAGUAUAUGAAGAAAAUAAAUUUAUGGUCAUUGCUAAUUUUAUAUUUUUAUAUAAUUAUAUAAAUUAUAUAUAGAUGUUUAUAAAAACAGUAAAAGUUGUCUAACUUCCAGCUGUCCAGAAAGGUCACUCUUGUCUGUUGUUACCACUCUUAAUGCCAUUGCAGACAAUUAAAGUCACUGAUUGUCAGGUUAGGAGUGAGAAUUUCAGAGGUCCCACAUGUGUUUGCAGCCAGAAAGCGCUGCAAAAAAAGUAUGAAAGGGCACAACUGACUUAACAUGAAGGAGUGUAGUAAGAACUAACUUAAAACAAAAUAAUUCCAAUAACGUUGAAAGACUGGAGUAUUGGACGUUUUCCAAAAAUGAAGGGGGGGGGGGGGGGGUGGGGGGGUGAAAAUUAAAUUGUGAGCAAUCCCCAUCUUUGGAUUCAUACUAUUUUGUAAGGAAGAUCUGGCCGUCUGAAGUGAGCCUCAGUAGCAAUGGUUACAGAUGAUUAUUCAACCUUCCACUACUUUGUGUUUCUUAAGAUGUUUGAAAUGAGGCAAAUAAUUAAACACACAGAUGUUGCUCAAAUGUUUGCGUUGUGACUUAACAAUUUUCUCAAUUGUUACUUGUCAAGUUGAAUUGAAUUUUUUUUUUCUCAAUUUCAUAGCUGCCUUGAUGUCUUGGCAGCAAAAAUACUUUAACUGAGGAGUAUGUGUGUGUGUGUGUGUGUGUGUGUGUGUGUGUGUGUGUGUGUGUGUGUGUGUGUGUGUUCCUCAACGUCAGUCUUUAAGAAAAAUGUGUUUCUACUGCAUUCAACAAAAUCUACAAGUACUAAUCUAUUCUGUGACAUUGCACUCAAGUGUUUUCAGCGAACUUGAAGGCUGGAAGAAUAAUUAAAUCAGGAUACAUUUGUAAAAUUGGACUUCUUUCCUAUUAUAAACUAUUUCCAUAUUUAAAAACUGUUCAUUAAAACUUGUUUCUCUGUAACAACACUCUCCUGCUAGUAGUGAUGUGGUAUGACCAGUGGAGAGCAGAUGUGAGUAACCCAGAGUUUCUAUUAGAAAUUGGGGAGGAGUUGGUAAGUACACAGAUAUGCAAAUCUUUUACUAUAUUACUUGUGGUAACUGUUACUUAGAUUUUGCAUUAUGUUUUAGAACCAGUUCUUAGAUCUUUGCAAUCAGUGGUAGCUCCUGUCGUCAAUGGGUGGAAGUCAGCAGUGUUGACUGGUAUUCUUUCUCAUCAAUACGUUGGGCUUAUUCACAGAGACGAAAAUAAGUUGGGAGUGGGAGGGAAAGGAGGUCUCAGAUCUAUAAGGCACAGUGUUCCUUUUUUACCUGAUAUUUCCCAUUUCAAAGUAUUCAUAAAAUACAGCAUAUAAGUGGGGCACUCGUUCCAUUGUGUCUCUGUUCUCUCCUGCCCUUUUUCCACAUAGCACUGCAGAUAUUACCUCUUAAGGUAAUAGUUUUGAUGAAAUAUGACUUUUUUUUAAAACAGAUCCUUAACAAGGUCUCCAAAAUAGUGUUUUGAGACAGGAGGUAAACUGGCUUUCUUUUAAAAAUAAGCUUUUGAAAGAGAAAAUCCUUUCAAUAAUUUCGAAUUUUGAGUGAUACAUCUUGAAUAACUACUUUAUUAAUGGAGCUUAUUUGAUUGUCUCAGGGAAGUGGAGAAGAUUUUUUUUUCUCAAUUAUGGUAGUCUUUUUUGUCACAGCACCCAAUGGAUCAGAUAAGCAGAGGGGGACCAAAAGGUAUUUUCGUUCCAAGUACUUACAUGGAGUAAGUGGAAUAAUUUAUUUUUUGUCAAUGGCCACAACUAAAACAAGAUCCCUCUUAGUGUAUAACCUGCUAGACAAGAAUUGUUUCUCAGUGAAGAGUUUAAACUAUGUUGAAACAUGGGUGAAAACUCCGUCCCUCAUCUCUGUAUUCUUCAGUGCUCCCUGCCCCAUCACCACCAACUUCAAUACAGUUAUAGGGAAAUUAUGGCUUUACCCCUUAAACAGCUGGACUUUCAGUGGGAAACAACAAAACAAAUUCACUUUCCUUUAGCAAAUGGAAAUUAUCAAUUUAUCAAGUAAAAUGACCAAUUUGGACAAUAGAGUUAUUAAGGUGCAGUGUGGCAAAUAAUCCUGCAUAGCAUUGUCUUGCACAGCUUUUAUAAUGAGUCUUUUAAGUUGCAGUUAUUCUUCUUAAAAUUCCAUGGACCAAUUUGCAAGUUGUUGUGGCCUUUUGUACAUAGCUCUGAUUUGCUCAAUUUCUUAGGACUUAGACAAGGCCAGUUGUGACAUUAUCUUUACAGGGACUGAGAUGCAGACAUCCGAUAAAUCCGAUAACAGUUGAGUCCCCAAGGGGUGCAUGUCUUUGAAGAUUUUAAAUUCAGUGUGUGACCAUUGUCCACUCAACAUCUAAUACAACAAGCAUGAUCUAGGAAUGUUGGAGUUUCAUUUUGUAUCUGUGUACAUCUGCUAAGCAUUUGGAAAACAUACCACUCAUUGGAUUAAGGUGUUGCCUACAAUCAGUAUGGCUUCUCACAGACCAGGUUAAGCAGCCAAAUUGACUACUUGAUUUUUUGGCCUGUAAAAUGCCCAUGUAUGAACAUUAGACAAGAAAACGCUCUGUUUUGGGCAGUGCCAUUCAGCAAUACCCAUUUUUUCCAGAAGUAAAUGGGUACCAGAAACGUGAUGCUGCUUGGUGUCCCAAUGUCAAUGGCUGCAGCACAUUUGGAAAGAAAAAGAAUGAAAGGGGAGGGGUCGGUUAAAGGGAAGUGCAUUGUUGGAAAGGGCUAAAGACUGCUGUUUAAAGAUGGUGGUCCUGUGGAUGACAUCAAUGAUCUGCACUACAUGAGCUGGCAUCUGCAAUCUGGACUUGCACAGAUAAUGGCACAUGUGACAGCCUCAUUUGAAAAGAUUUUUUUCAACAUUAGUAUGAUCCUGUGCCCAUUUGCACUAAUGUAAAAUGGUGACUUGAGCAUUUACCUAAGCCAAAGAAUCCUUGAAUUUCAGAUCUUGGAUGCUAAAUAUCACUCCAUGUAUAAUGGCUAUGAUUAUGCUCUAGAUUCACUUGAGUGAUAACUUUGGGGCAUUAUCUGUUGGCCUGCAUAAACCAUACUUGUGAAUGGGGAACUGCAGUCUGGGAUGGUUUGUUUUGUGAGUAGGAAUAACAGUAUUUUUGCAUUGUUUUGUUUAUGUGGCUCUGUUGAAAAUGCCACAGCUUGUCUGUAGAAAGCAGUCAAUGUGAAAUGUUUGUAUGUACAAAUUAAAUAAUGAAUCAUUAAA